AUGGGACGGUAUUCUGUUAAACGAUACAAGACUAAACGGAGAACAAGAGAUCUCGACCAGAUCCACGGGGAUCUUUCAUCUGUUGAAUCUAUCCAGCGUCUUAAGCACCAGCCACAAGAUGAGACCAAACCAGGACUUGGUCAAUAUUUUUGCAUUCACUGUUCCAAAUAUUUUCAAGAUAACAAAGCCCUAGGCGCGCAUUUGAAGGGCAAAAUCCACAAGAGAAGAGUCAAAGAUCUUAGUAAAAACCCUUACACUCAACUCGAAGCUGAUGCAGCUGCAGGAACAAACCUUGAAAAAUUCGUCCAGAAAGUGAACGAGUAUCAAGCAAAAGAGCCUGCUAGACUUGUCAUGGAAAAGGAAUUGCUCCAGACACAAUUAGAAGAAAACGAUCAAAAGGAUAGUAUUGCGCAUGAAGAAGUCUCAGAGGAGAUGACUGUCGAGUAG